AGUUCUCACAGGUUGGUGCAUGUGUUCUCUUAAAAACUUUGGCUCAGCAGUUUUUGGGGAAAACACAUCAAAGUACACUCUUCAAGAUCACUAUACCCAGGCAGUAUAUUUCAUCUUCUAGAAAAGUCUGCUAUUCUUGUCUUUGCCUGGGGAUCUCUGCAGAGACUGAAUGAGAAGACAGCUUUGCAGGUAAGGUAACUGCCAAGAUGUUUCACUUACAAGGCCCACAAGUGCUGCAGAUGCUUGAGAAAUCCUUGAGGAAGAGCCUCCCUGAGUCCUUAAAGGUUUAUGGGAGUGUCUUCCACAUGAAUCAGGGAAACCCAUUCAAGCUCAAGGCCCUGGUGGACAAGUGGCCUGAUUUUAAUACAGUGGUUAUCCGCCCUCAGGAGCAGGAGAUGACAGAUGACUUUGAUCACUAUACCAACACCUACCAAAUCUAUUCUAAGCAUCCCAAGAACUGUCAAGAAUUCCUUGGUACAUCAGAUGUCAUCAAUUGGAAACAACAUUUGCAGAUCCAAAGUUCACAGUCCAGCCUGAAUGAGGUGAUACAGAAUCUUGGAAGCACUAAAUUGGUCAAGGUCAAGCAAACACAACGCAUUCUCUAUGUGAUGCCAGAGACAGCAAGGAAACUGCUCCCUUCCCUGCCAGAGACAAAGAAUUUACCGCUUAAAUCUAUCAGCCCCAAGGCCAUUAACCAAGAGAUGUUUAAACUCUCAUCCCUGGACAUUACCCACGCUGCCUUGGUGGAUAAAUUCUGGAAUUUCGGUGGCAAUGAGAGGAGCCAGAGAUUCAUCGAGCGCUGUAUCCGGAACUUCCCCACCGUAUGCCUGCUGGGGCCUGAGGGGACCCCUGUGUCCUGGUCUCUGGUGGACCAGACAGGAGAGAUGCGGAUGGGUGCCACUGUGCCUGAGUACCGGGGGCAGGGUCUCAUCUCCCAUAUCAUGCGUGUCCAUACCCAGGUUCUAGACAAACUUGGCUUCCCUGUAUAUAACCAUACAGACAGAGCCAACAAAAUUAUACGGAAAAUGAGUCACAAUAUGCAUAAUAUCUCCAUGCCCUGUGACUGGAACCAGUGGAAUUGUGUGCCUAAUAAAUUGUAACUAGCAGUAAAGCAGUGCAUGUUAUUUGGGUUCUGGGAAAGCAGUGUGAAUGGUCAACAGAGCCACCACCAUCUCUGCUCGCAAA